GAAGGUGACAGAUUCGCUUCGUACCUUCCAAGAACUACUAAAACUUCAGUUAUGAAUGAAAAUACUUAACUAAAUAUCUACAGAGUUUAUUUUAAGGAAGGAAGCACCGAAGCUUUACAAAGAGCACUUCUCCAAAUGAGCUGCGCGGAUGAGAGAAGGGGAGGGGAUUUACAAGCUUGACUCGGGUUCUUCUGUCGGUGAAUUGAUAUACUCACACAAAAUAUAAAUUUUAACGAACGAGGGAAGGCAGAAGACAGCUCAUGCAGACUACGAAGAGCGCGAGAGUAUCACUAGAUGCUAUAUGAGUUGUCGCGCGAGUGGGCGCUUCGAGAGGAGCGAUGGAGAGGCUGAUGGACUGGAGACCUCUAACAUUUCUGCUUCUCACCUUACUGUGGGUGUUUCCAGGUGAUUCUCAGCAGGUCGAGGUGCCACGGAAAGAAGUAGAAGUAAUCAUGGGACAAAUGGUUGUUCUGGAGGCCUGGUACACCCCCACCACCUCCAUCGAGAAGAACACAAUCAUCUGGACCUUCUGGGGCAAUGAUUCCAAACAAGUUAUCUCCUACUCCUCUGGACAGAUUGGCAUCGGUCAUCCUGACUUUCGUAAACGGGUGGGUUUUUCCAUGUCUAUGCCUUCUGCCAAUCUGUCCAUCUACAUCAACAACACACAGGAGUCCGACUCCGGGCGUUACGCCUGCAAUGUCGUCAUCCCAGGAGCUAUAGGCCUGUUAGGUGAACUACACCUCAAUGUUAAAGUUCCUCCAUCCCCGCCCGUAUGCUCUAUGACAGGAAAACCUGUACUGAGUGGCAACGUAACGCUGAGCUGUAAAUCCAGCUACGGGAAACCUGUUCCUCAGUACAAAUGGACCAAAGCAGCUCCUCUCUCUGAGGUCUUCUUCUCUCCCAUGCAAAAGUGGAGGUCCUGCCCCCAGCCUGUGCUUGUACUGGGAUACCUGGAUGAGAGGCAGGGCACCCUUCGACUUAGCAACCUCACCAAAAGCAUGUCCGGCAAGUAUAUUUGCCGUGCCAGCAACACGGCUGGAACUGACAGCUGCCACAUCAAUCUUGAGGUCUCCACCCCUAACAAUGUUUGGGUCAUCGCGGGGGCAACGGUGGGGUCUGUGGUGGGUCUGAUGGCUCUCGUCUUAUUCCUGAUCUUUAUCCUGAGGAGAAAUCAUGACACUGAGGAUGAGAUAGCUAAUGAUAUCAAGGAAGACGCACAGGCCCCGAAACGCGUCUCCUGGGCUAAAAGUGGCACAGGAUCAGACAUCAUAUCAAAGAAUGGUACAUUGUCCUCCAUAGCCACCUGCCCUCCUGCACAGGACCCUCAACAUCCACUCCAAAACAACCAUUACCCAUACCCCCCAGGUGCCUUGGACACCGCCUCCAUCCUCACCACCUCUGGUAGCACAGCCACUUACCGCCUCCGCCCAGGGGAUCCCAACCCACUCCACGGCCUGCCCGGAUACAACGUCAGCAGCACACCCAAUCACACGCUCCGCCACCAUCGCCAUCUCAGUCCCGACAGCUCGUCCACUCACAGGACUGAGGGACCACAGCCACAGGCCCCGUGCCCACUCAACAUGCCUAUGAACACCGCUACUUUGUCCCGCAUGGGGGCGGUGCCAGUCAUGGUGCCCACCCAGAACCACGCAGGGUCACUGGUGUAAUGUGCUAAAGAUUUACAAAACUUAUGAGCUAGAGUCUAUAAAGAUAGCAAAAUUUGUCUUAGUUUUUAUACAGAAUGAAGUUCAGUCAAAUAUAGUUAUCUGUCAAAAACACCUUUGUUUUAUAAAGUAUUGUUUUUUUACUGAGCGUAAUUUGUGUUUUGAUGUGUUCUCGUCAUCUUUUCAAAUCGUUACACUGACCAAGAACAGUAUUUUUCAUUUAUUUAGCCUAGUCAACUUUACAGUGUUAUUACACAUUGAAAUACCGGAUGUUAUGAAGGGAUGCAGAUGUCACUGAUGAUGUUCCACUGUUUAUAACAGUUGUGUUUAUGGAUCAGAUUCAUCCAGUUAUUUAGUCAUUCUUGGUAUUAGUUCAAUAGAUCACAAAUAUUUUGCAUCGGCUGUUAUUGUGCCUCUCGUGCCUCCGUUUCUCUCAGGAGUUUUCUUUUUUUUUUACUGUCAAACAGUUGACAGAUUUGUAAAGAUGAGCAGUGCUUUUAUUUUCAUAUUUCAAAAUUUCUGGCCGUUCAGAGGAAUUGAUCAUUUCAGUGAGAGAAAAGGGAUGACUUAAUGGAAAAGUAAAAUGAAUGCCCAUGAAAAUGCUGUCUUAAAAAUGUCUUAUGAUUUAGAGUUUGAAACAAAUAAAUGCCAGAAACUGCCAUGCUUGUUUACUGGAGUAAAUGGACUCUUAGUUAUGAUUUGAUCAUGUACUGUAAGUUACAUGGAAGUGGUACAUUUAUUAAUUCAUGUGUACGUGAUAAAAUAUGAAAGACUAGCCUUGUGGUUUAAUGACUUGAAUAUUGCAAGCAAUGUAUUAUUUUUUUGAUAGUUUGAUAUGUGUGUUAAUGCGGAAUGUUAUUCUCUGUGCAAUGAAUGAUGUGGUUGUCUGCUCUGUUGGGCCUUUCUCACUCAUUUUGUUCAUUUUAAAUUGGUAUAAUAUAGAAUUGAAAGCUUUAUGAUCCUGUAACUGUCCACAUGAUCGAAGGAGAGAGGUAAGACAAAGGCUUGGAGUGGAGGUCACUUGCCAUAAUGUUCAGCUUAUUAAACCAAUACAAAAUUGCAUUGUAAAACAUUGUUCAAAGUUUUAUAUUACAGUUGAUUAAAACAAGCAAAGUUUC